AUGUCCACCCCUCCCUCCACCACACCCACCGCAAACAACUCUGCUCCCAUCUCACGCACCCCCAGCCUCGCAUCUCCCAUGGCCACAAACACCUACCCCACAGGGCCGUCCGCCCCGGAACCGUACGCACCCAACUCGGAAGAGUAUGGCGAGGAAGAGCGCAUUCGCUCGCGCGCUGGUACAGGCCAGAGCGCAUCGGGGCGGACGCUCAAUAGCAGCUCGGCGGAGGGCUCGUCAGGGGAGAAAAAUGCUUAUGAAUCGAGCAAGGCGGGCGAGUAUCAGUCGUCAGAGGCUGCGAACGAUUCAGGGCUGGUGAAUGGGGCUGGUGCGCCAGGUGGGAAGGGACCCAGAAAGUUUGCGCACAACUUCUGGGACCCCGAAAUGGCAAAAUUCAGAGGUAUCGCCUUCAAGAUUCUCGGCAUGACUGUUGUCAUAACAACGCUCGUGGUCUGGUUAUGUCUGCCCGUCUAUUGGGGUUCUUUGUGGAAGGCAAACAGGUACACCGACAAGCUCACCGUCCGUGUCAUCAACCGCGAUUCCGGCACCGUCGGCAGCACCAUCACCGACACCCUCCUCACCCACAGGAACCUCCGCUACUUUACGACCCCUGCCUCUGAAUUCCCCACGAACGAUCUUGUCGCCGACGAUGUCGUCGAAGAAGGUGUCUGGGCAGCGAUCGUCAUUGGUGAAGGAGUGUCUGACGGGCUUGUGUCGGCGAGGGAGAAUGGGCUGGCGAGCUGGAAUGGGUCGAACGCGAUUGAGGUGUUUUAUGCGCAAGGCCGACAGGAGACGGCGAUCAAUACCUAUAUGCUGCCCUAUAUCCAGGCGUCCCUCGCCCAGAUCUGUUCUCAGAUGAACGCUCAAGACACUGCUGCAUACUUGCAAGCCAACGCAAACAAUGCCACCGCUAUCGGACUCCUCGCUCAGGCCCCGACUACACUCACCAACGGCGUCUGGUACACCCUCAACAACCUCCGUCCAUUCAACCAGCCCGUCGCUACCGCCAUCACCUUGGUCGGCCUCAUCUACAUGCUCAUCUUGUCCUUCAUCAUGACCAUGACCAACAAUGCCGUCCGUGAAAUCAUCGCGCCCUUUCUCAAGACCCGGUCGUACAUCAUGUACCGCCUCUUCUCCCCCAUCUGCCUCUACCUCUUCAUCUCGUUCAUCUUUGUGAUGGUCAACCUCCCCUUCAAAGUCCACUUCGACGCCCACUACACCUACGCCGGUGGUUUCUUCCUCUUGUGGUUCUCCUUCUUCCUCGGCAUGUGUUCUGUCGGGCUCGCGACGGAGGCUGCUAUCACGGUGCUGGGGCCAAAGUUUAUGGCAUUCUUCUUGAUCCCGAUUAUCAUUGUGAAUGUGUCGGUGUGCUCGUUGCCGCAUGAGCUGCAGCCUUGGAUCUACAAGUAUGGCGUUGCUAUGCCUUUCUACAACUGCAACCGUAUCGUCCGAACUAUCAUCUUCAACACCAAAAACGACAUCGGCAUGAACCUCGGUAUCCUUAUCGCCUGGAUCGUCGUUUCCUUCAUCACCAUCUCUCUCGGGACGUGGCUGUUUAGGAGACAGUCGGUGAAUCAGCAUAAUAAGGAAGUGGGUGAGAAUGACUCGGCUUAG